AUGCCUAUUUUGAGAGAGAGAGACAGAGAAAGAAAGAGAGAGAGACAGACAGAGCUUGAGGAAGGGUUUAAGCAGAUCUGCAAGAAACACUCUCAGGAUCUACCGGCGACGACAGUGACGGAGGCGAUAAACGGCGGUGUUGGCCGCAAAAACGAUGCAAAACCAGCUAUGGUCUUUACCGCCGACGAUUUAUCAAAAUGGGAGAAUUUUCCAAACGGACUUCGAGUUCUUCUCCUCAACGACGGCGGCGACGACUUAUCCUCCGCCGAGACCCGAUCAGAGCUCGAGUCCUUGGACUAUAUCGUCACUACAUUCACUGAUGAAUCCGAAGCUCUCUCUUCGGUUCUCAAUAACCAGGAGAGCUUCCACAUUGCAAUCGUUGAGGUGAAUAAAAGCGCCGAGAAUGAGAGUUUCAAGUUUCUUGAAGCUGCCAAAGACUCUCUUCCUACUAUAAUGAUUUCGUCCGAUCAUUGCAUCACAACUACAAUGAAAUGCAUAGCGCUUGGUGCAGUUGAGUUCCUACAGAAACCGCUCUCGCCCGAGAAACUAAAGAAUAUUUGGCAGCACGUCGUUCACAAGGCGUUUAACGAUGGAGGAAGUAGUGUUUCGGAAUCGCUUAAGCCGGUUAAAGAAUCGGUUGUAUCGAUGCUUCAUCUCGAUACCGAUAUGACAAGUACUGAUGAGAAAGAUCCAGCACCAUCAACACCGCAGCUGAAGCAAGUCUCAAGGUUACUAGACGGUGAUCGCCAAGAUAACGUGAACUGCUCGAUGGAGAACGUGAAUUCCUCUACCGAGAAAGAGAGCGCGGAAGAUCAAGACAUCGGUGAGUCCAAAUCAGUCGACACUACGAAUCAAAAAGGCAAUGUGAUUGUCAAAGAAGAGAAAGAAGACAUUGACAAAGAACAAGAAGAAGAAGGUGAAACCGAAGAGCGUAAAGAAGAAGGCGAAACCGGAGAUUCGCAAAGCGAGAAGACAGCUUCGGUUAAUUUUCGUAAGAAAGAAGAUGAUACUAAACCUAUUCUUAAAUCAUCCGGGAUCAAGAACUUGUCAGGCAACAAAGCUAGUCGAAAGAAGGUGGAUUGGACACAAGAGCUGCACAAGAAGUUUGUGCAAGCAGUUGAGCAACUUGGAAUCGAUCAAGCAAUACCUUCAAGGAUUCUUGAGUUGAUGAAAGUAGAUGGCUUAACUCGUCAUAAUGUAGCUAGCCACCUUCAGAAAUUUCGGAUGCAUAGGAGAAAUAUUCUUCCAAAGGAGGAUCAUCACCAAAGAUGGAUACAGUCUAGAGAGAACCAUAGACAAAUCCAACGGCAUUAUAACGGUUUUCAUCAGCAGCAACACCGUCCUGUUAUGGCUUAUCCCGUUUGGGGUCUUCCCGGUGUUCUUCCGCCGGGAGCAAUCCCUCCUUUGUGGCCUCCUCCGCUUCACUCCUCCGGUCAAAUGCCUCCUCCAUGGCAUUGGAAACAACCUUAUCCAACGGUGAACGGUAAUGCAUGGGGCUGCCCGGUUAGACCGCCAAUGACCGGAUCAUUCAGUAUUCCUUCGAAUAAUAACGGCGCCGGAUUUCGUUACCCCACCGGAGCUGAAACCGGCUUUAAAGCAAUGCCGGUGACUCAGCCGGACGAGGAAAUGAUUGACCAAGUGGUUAAAGAAGCGAUUAGCAAACCGUGGCUGCCGCUACCGCUCGGGCUGAAACCGCCAUCCUCCGAGAGCGUUUUGGCUGAGCUUUCGCGUCAAGGAAUCUCAGCCGUCCCUUCUUCUUCAUCCUGCCCCAUAAACGACUCUCGUCGUCUCCGCUGA